AAGUUUCGCGCCAAUUGUACACACGUGAACAAAACAAAGAUGGCAGGGUUUGACGAAGGUGGAGUAUUCUUCAGUGAUAACUUCGGAUCGGAGGAGCAAACAGAUGAUAAUCAAAUCAACAGGCAACAAGUGAAGAAACGUUUAAAGGAUUUCAUACGUCAAUUCCACGAGGGAAACUUUUCGUACACCUAUAGAGACCAGUUGAAACGGAAUUACAACUUGGGACAAUACUGGCUUGAAGUGGAAAUUGAAGAUGUUUCCAGCUUUGACGAAGCGCUUGGAGAGAAGAUAUCAAAACUACCAACAGAACACCUACCUUUAUUUGAAGAUGCUGCAAAAGAAGUCGCUGAUGAAGUGACUCGCCCUCGCCCUGAAGGUGAAGAGGAUGUCCAUGACAUACAAGUCAUGUUGUUGUCCAGUGCCAAUCCCUGUGGACUACGAGAUCUCAAGUCAGAACAAAUGGCCAGGUUGGUGAAAAUUCCUGGUAUUAUUAUAGCAGCAUCAGCCAUCAAGGCAAAAGCAACCAAACUGACUAUCCAGUGCAGAAGCUGUAAAAAUACACUGAAUAACAUUCCUGUGAAUCCUGGUCUGGAAGGGUAUGCUUUGCCAAGGAAAUGCAACACUGAACAGGCAGGAAGACCCAAGUGUCCAGUUGACCCAUUUUACAUUGUGCCAGAUAAAUGUAAAUGUGUGGAUUUCCAGGUCCUUAAACUCCAGGAAGCCCCUGAGGCUGUGCCUAAUGGAGAACUGCCAAGACACAUGCAGCUCUAUUGUGACAGGUACAUGUGUGAUAAAGUUGUGCCUGGUAACAGAGUAACUGUAGUAGGAAUUUACUCCAUCAAAAAGACCGGCAAACCAACAAAAGGAGGUGGACGAGACAAAGUAAAUGUGGGAAUAAGAAACCCCUACUUCAGGGUCCUGGGUAUAAAAGUGGACAAUGAUGGAUCAGGAAGAGGAGGGGCUGCCCCCAUCACACCUGGAGAUGAGGAAGAGUUCAGAAGAAUGGCUAAUGACCCAAACAUAUAUGAAACCAUAGCCAGAAGUAUUGCACCCUCUAUCUAUGGAAGUUUGGAUAUUAAAAAGGCUAUCUCUUGCCUUUUGUUUGGAGGAUCAAGAAAGAGAAUGCCAGAUGGAUUGAUGAGGAGAGGUGAUGUUAAUAUAUUGAUGUUGGGAGAUCCAGGUACAGCCAAAUCCCAGCUUCUGAAGUUUGUGGAGAGAUGUUCUCCUAUUGGUGUGUACACAUCUGGAAAAGGGAGCAGUGCAGCUGGUUUGACAGCAUCAGUUAUGAGGGAUCCACAAACAAGGAACUUUGUUAUGGAGGGAGGAGCUAUGGUGCUAGCUGAUGGUGGAGUGGUUUGUAUUGACGAGUUUGACAAAAUGAGAGAGGAUGACAGAGUAGCCAUUCAUGAAGCUAUGGAACAGCAGACCAUAUCAAUUGCAAAAGCUGGAAUCACUACAACCUUGAACUCUCGGUGUUCAGUUCUAGCUGCAGCAAACAGCGUGUAUGGUCGCUGGGAUGAGACCAAGGGAGAAGAGAAUAUAGAUUUCAUGCCGACCAUUCUGUCUAGAUUUGACAUGAUAUUUAUUGUUAAGGAUGAGCACAAUGAAUCCCGAGAUGUGACUCUAGCAAAGCAUGUAAUGAAUGUGCACUUAAAUGCUCUUCAAAUGACAGAAGAACAAUCAGAAGGAGAGAUUGACCUUAACACUCUGAAGAAGUAUAUUCAGUACUGUAGAACGAAAUGUGGCCCUCGUCUGUCACCGGAAGCAGCUGAGAAGUUAAAGAACAGGUAUGUUUUGAUGAGGAAUGGUGCUGGAGAAUAUGAAAGGGAAACUGGCAAGAAGAUCACUAUUCCUAUUACGGUCAGGCAAUUGGAAGCCAUUAUCAGGAUGUCUGAAUCGUUGGCAAAGAUGAAGUUGAAGCCUUUUGCCUCGGAGAGGGAGGUGGAUGAAGCAUUGAGACUGUUCCAGGUGUCCACAUUAGAUGCUGCAAUGUCAGGAAAUCUUUCUGGUGUAGAAGGAUUUACAACUGAAGAAGACCAAGAGCUUUUGUCACGAAUAGAGAAACAGAUCAAGAGACGAUUCAUCAUAGGUUCUCAAGUGUCGGAACAUGCAAUCAUACAGGACUUCACAAGACAGAAAUAUCCAGAAAGAUCCAUUCAGAAAGUGUUGCAUUUCAUGUUGAGAAGAGGGGAGAUUCAGCACAGAAUGCAAAGGAAAAUGUUGUAUCGCGUCAAAUGAGGGCUUCAUUUUCAUCUCUGUUGAAUCUGUGAAAAUGUUCUAGUGUUACCAAGGAAAGACUUAAAAAACUGUUUUGUAACUGCACAUUGACAUUAUUAUGCAUAGACUUUUGUUGGGAAUAAGAGGGUUAUGAACUGAACUUGUAGAUAAAUGUAAUAUGUGUAUUUAUGCAUAAUGUACAAAUUUCAUAUACAAUGUAUUUAAUUUUGUAAACAUUUUGCAUGACAAAUAAAAAUUGUUUACAGCAGUGAUGAAUA